CUGAAUGUUACAAAGACUUUUUAGGAUGCCUUUUUACCUGGACACAUGUAUCCUCAGAAAUCUCUUCAUUGUGCCACUGAAUUAAAAUUUUAGGAUCCAGACACUUUGUCACCUAACCAGCCCAGCACUCAUGGAAAGACUGUUUGGAUGUCAGUCUUCUUAUCUCCAAGCCACCUUCCUCAUACUUGUUUUCUCAGCUGCGUUACUCUUCUACUAUGUGAACUUACCAGAAGAAGCAAAACUCCGCUCUGAGAAAAUUAACAACACGACAUACACCACUGCAAGAGCAGAUAUACAAUCAUCAAAUCCAACCAUUCACGCAGCUCCUGUACACUGGUCAUCUUUGUUAAAUACAGAAAGUGGGAUAUCUGAUUUGUCUUCUGUGUUACGAGGUGAAAAAUGUCCACCUGAAACUCCAUACCUUGUGGCAUAUCCCUGUAAAUAUCAUUACAUUUUAAAUGAAUCAGAGAGGUGUCAGAAUGAGAAGCCCUUCUUGGUCUUAAUGGUACCUGUGGCACCAAACAACAGGGAGUCUCGGGAUGCCGUCCGUACCACCUGGGGAUCUGAGAAGAUGGUUAUGGACAAAGUGGUGAGCCUUUUCUUUCUGCUUGGUCAGCCUGGGAGAAAGGAGAUGCAGCAGAAGAUUUUGCAGGAGAGUGAGGAACACCAUGACAUCAUUCAAAGUGAUUUCCUGGACAGUUAUAAAAAUCUUACUAUCAAAACUAUAGUGAUUAUGAAAUGGCUGGCAACUUACUGCCAAAAUGCCACCUAUGCAAUGAAAAUUGACUCUGAUAUGUUCCUAAAUGUGAACAGUUUAAUAAACAUGCUUCUCCGGGCACCAAGGGAGAACUAUAUGACGGGCCUUGUGGCCAAAAGGGCUGCUGUUCUCCGAGACCCCAGCUCUAAAUGGUAUCUGCCAAAAGAUGUGUUUCCUGCUGAUUUUUAUCCACCUUAUGCACUGGGAUUGGGCUAUGUGAUGUCCUCUGACCUUCCAAACAAACUGAUUGAAGGAGCAAAGCAUGUCAAAGCUGUCUAUAUUGAAGAUGUAUUUUUAGGACUGUGCAUGUGGUAUCUUGGUAUACCUUUCACCAGUCAGGUUGAUCAAAGCCUCUUCAACAUCUUCCCUGUUCCUUACAACCGGUGUCGCUACUCAAAACUCAUUGCUACAACCACACACAGCCUACAGGAUCAAGUUAACUUUUGGAAAGAACUAAAAAAACCAGGACAACCUUGUUAACCUUGGAUAAGUGCAGAAAAUUAUUUAGGGUGUCUGUACAAUCCAUUCUUAAUUUAUCUGUACAAAGAAACCUGUGUACAGUACACUGUGAGUAGACACAGUGGAU